AUGAUUGUCGCUGAUAAUAUUCUAUCUCCUGGAGCACCUGAUUAUGUAAAUUAUGUUCGAAAUAAUCCGCAAUAUACAUCAACAUUUCAUGAAUCAACUCUUGAGUGUGAUAAAAAUACCCGUGAUGGUGUCGAAAUUUCAAUACGACAGUAAAUUUAAUUGUAAGAAAGUAAAAUUUCUUUUUUUUAAUUUUUUCUAUAAAAUAAAGAAUCUGAAACGAAGAAAAACUAAAAUUGAUGUUUAAUUGAAUGAUUAACAUCUACUUUUCGAAAAAUAUAUAAUUUUACGAGUGUAGUUUUAUCUAUCUCUAUUCAACGAUUUUAUACAAUUAGUCAUCUUAGUUAGAAUAUUCACAGAGAUAGAAAUGCAUCUCUAAUCAACUUAAAAAACUCUUACUAAUUACAUAUUUCAUUAAUUAAUAACGUCUUGACACAAAAUUUGUCAGUGAAGACGAUUGCUAUGAAUAGAUACACUAUUAUAAAUUUGUUUUCUUCAGGUACAAUAAUAGUAGACAUAAAUAUGAACAACGUAUCGUUCAAACGAAUCAUUAAAUAAAACAGCAAUUACACAGAUCAUAUAAUGUUGUACCAUCAAAUGUGAUAAAAAGUUUUAUUGGCGUUGAUACUUUCUAUUAUUGUCAUCUGCAGAAUCGUUAAUUGAAUAUAGAAAUGUAAGGAAUGUUUCUCAACGACAAUUAUUCUCUUCAAAUAAGUAUCAAUGAAUGGG